CUGCCAACCUUUCUUCCCAGAAUACAGAGCUUCAGGCCUCUGGGCCUCAGGGCUCAGGACAUGGCAUCGACGAGUUCAAGCCGAGUGCGACCCAGUUCGAGACCAUGGAAGAAGGUGACCCCCAGAAUUUCAAGCUUUCCAGGACCGGUGGAGAUGUCGCCUUGGCACUCUUCGACAACGUGGGCGAGGUGCAGGAACCCAUCGACCCGGAAGAGGAGCGUCGACUAGUCCGCAAGGUAGACUGGAUGAUUCUCCCAUACAUUUCAGUCUGCUAUGUCUUUUUCUAUAUUGACAAAAUCACCCUCUCGUACGCUGCCAUUUUCGGCAUCCAGAGUGAUCUCGACCUCAAGGGCACCGAGUAUAGCUGGCAAUCGUCAAUCUUUUACUUUGGAUUCCUGGUAUGGGCUCUUCCUACCAACUUCAUGCUCCAGAAAUUCCCCAUUGCAAAGUAUCUCGGCCUCAACAUCUUCGCCUGGGGCACAUUCCUCAUGCUCCAAGCUGCUGCACCAAACUUUGGAGCCCUGGCUGCACUUCGUGCCAUUAGCGGAGCAGCAGAAGCAUGCGCCGACCCUGCCUUUAUGAUCAUCACCAGGCCUGUAAGCCUCUGCCCUCCCAGCAUGUGGUACACCCGCCGAGAGCAACCCAUCAAAAUCGGCCUCUGGUACACCGCCAACGGCAUCGGCAUCGCCCUAGGCGGCCUCCUAGGCUAUGGCAUCGGCAACAUCAAAGGCGCGCUGGCGUCCUGGAAAUACGAGUUCAUCAUCGUCGGCACCCUGUGCUGCGCGUGGGGCAUCGUCAUUGCCGUCUUCUUGCCGGAUAACCCGAUCACGAGCAACAAGCUCACGAACCGCGAGAAGAAGAUUGUCGUUGAGCGGUUACGUGAGAAUCAGACGGGUGUGGAGAAUAAGACGCUGAAGCUCUAUCAGGUGCGCGAGGCGUUUACGGACUAUAAGUUGUACUUUUUCUUUAUGAUUGCCUUGUUGCAGGCGAUUGUGAAUGGAGGGACGUCUAAUUUUGGGACUCUUAUCAUCAAGGGUUUCAAGUUUUUGACGUUGAUCACGGCUGUUCUUCAGAUCCCAUACGGUGCCAUCAUCUUUAUCGCCAUUCUAGCGUGCGUCUUCAUCAACGACAGAUUGCCGCCUAACAACCGAUGCUUCGUAUUGGUGCUCUUCUUGUUACCCAACGUCGCCGGGGCGUUUGGCCUCCGCUUCGUGCCUGAUGACCAGCAGGUCGGCAGGCUGAUUUGCUACUAUUUGACCGGAUCCAUCAAUGCCUCAUUCGUGCUACUCCUCUCACUCCAGACCGCCAACAUCGCCGGACACACCAAAAAGGUUGUCACCUCGCCAUGUCCAUUUCUGGGAUACUGCGUCGGCAAUAUCGCGGGUCCUUUUUUCUACAAGUCUGAUCAGGCGCCCAAGUACGAGUUGGGCAUCUGGAGCAUGAUUGUUGCCCACUUGCUUGAGGUUGUGGUUGUGAUUGCCCUACGGUUUUUGCUCAAGUGGGAAAAUGAUAGACGGGACCGGAUGCAGGGUGAAGUCGCCGAGGUUGAUCUGGAUGCGACGGCGUUUGGGGAUCUGACAGAUCGUGAGAACUUGAAUUUUCGGUACAUUUACUGAGUAAGAGUCAAGUCUGUUAAGCCAAAGACUUUCUGUGGUAGAAUUUGCGCUGUAUUAGCUGUGCGCUCUGGGAGAAAUUCAUACAUGUAUCUUAGAUCAUUG